AUGGAGGACAGCCAACCCAGCGACGUCACGUACGUCGUGCACAACUCCACCCUGUACCUCCUCCUCUACGCAGUAGUGCAGCUGGGGCAGUACCUCCUGCAGAUCCUGUGGACCAACAAGCUGGUUAAGACCUCCCUCCUCAAGUACCACCGGAAAAUUAAAAAGUCCUACUGCCUCUACACCAAGUCACCAGAGUACCAAGACAUUUCAAACCAAAUUGAAAACGUGCAAAAAAAAAUAAAAAAAUAUAAAAAACUUAUAGAGGCAAAUAAAAAGCUAAACAAAAAUAUGAACGAGUAUGACUUGUUAAUACUAAAUGGGAAAUACACGAGGAAGAUUUUAAAGGAAGAAAAAAAUAUAAAUGAUUUGAGAAAUGCUUUGGAGCAGGAGAACCAAGGGGACUAUUUGUUCCACACGUGCGAUGUGAUUUCAUCGUUGGUCACUUCCACCGGUGCCUUCGUCAACAUCGUUCGCACGCAGAUAACGGUCGCCCUGCUGUUCCUCUCCCUGAAGUACCUCUCCCGCAGAAACGCGCAGGUGCCCUACGCGCCGGCCGACACGGACCUCUGGUUCGGGGAGCGCUUCAAGAUCGUCUCCACAGAACCGUGCGCGCAAAACCUGGUCAAUUUGCUCUACGGGUACAACACCGCCCACGUGGUGUUCCUCACGCUGCGGCAGAGCCUCUCCAGUUUGUUUGUGAAAUCAGACGCGAAGUUGAAAGCGGCUUAA